CUGGAGAGAUUCUCUGCAAGACUUAAAACAGCUUCAUGUUCGACGUACAUACACAACCACUUCACUCACUGACCCCUGUCCAAACCUACAAUCCCAAGGCUUGAGCUGUGCGCUGCUGUCUUAGCAGUAGAGAUGGCAGAUCUCAUCCAGGAUGAGCUAGAUCUAGGGUUGAAUGAUGUAAAGUUCUUUACAGACAGCAAGGUGGUCCUUGGCUACAUUUAUAAUGAGUCGAAACGAUUCUAUGUUUAUGAUCACAAUAGAGUCCAACGUAUCUGCCAGUCCUCAAGACCUGAGCAGUGGCACUAUGUACGUACGGAAGAAAACCCUGCAGAUCAUGCAUCGAGAUCCUUACCUGCAUCCUGUCUUGUGCAGACUUCUUGGUUCACCGGUCCCUCCUUCCUGCAUCAGCCACCUGUAGAGAAAACACAAACAAAUGAGACAUUUGAGCUAAUUGAACCUGAAAAGGACUCAGAAAUCCAGCCACAAGUACAAACAUGUGCUACUAACCUGGAAAAACCAGAGCUUACCUCUGACCGAUUUCAAAGGUUCUCCACCUUUGCUUCCCUAGUAAGAGGAGUAGCAUUUCUAGUUCACAUGGCAAAAUCCUGCAAACACACAAACCAAAACAGUAAAUGCAAAGGUUGGCACCGAUGCGACUUACCUCGUACUCCAGAUGAAAUGGACCAAGCAAGGAACGUUAUCCUUAAAACAACACAAAAAGCUGCUUUUGCAAAAGAACUGUCAGCUCUCCAAUCUAACCAAGCUGUAUCCAAAAGUAGCCGCUUGUGGAAACUCAGUCCAGUCAUAGAGAAUGAUUUCAUCUGUGUUGGAGGACGACUAAAGCACUCUCAGGUUGCAGCUGCAGAAAAGAACCCAAUAAUUCUGCCCAAAGAUAGCCACAUCUCCCUACUGCUCACUCGGCAUCACCAUGAGCAAGUGAAACAUCAAGGCCGUCACUUGACCGAAGGAGCAAUUAGGGCAGCAGGGCUGUGGAUCUUGGGAGGCAAGGGACUGGUCAAUUCAGUACUCCACAAAUGCAUAAUUUGUCGCAAGCUGCGCGGAAAGCUGGAAGAACAGCGCAUGGCGGACCUGCCAUCUGAACGCCCCAAAACCUGCCCUCCUUUUACAUAUGUGGGGCUAGAUGUAUUUGGACCCUGGUCUGUCACAACCAGACGCACCAGAGGAGGACAGGAAGAAAGCAAGCGGUGGGCCAUCAUGUUCUGCUGUAUGAGUUCGAGAGCUGUACAUGUCGAGGUCAUAGAGUCUAUGGACACCUCAAGCUGCAUAAAUGCUCUCAGACGAUUCUUUGCACUCAGAGGACCUGCAAAACAGCUCCGUUCCGAUUGCGGUACAAAUUUCAUUGGAGCAUGCAAGGAGCUUGGAAUGGACAAAAUGGUGCAGCGGUACCUCAGUGAACAAGGAUGCAGCUGGGAAUUCAACCCACCACAUAGUUCUCACAUGGGAGGCUCGUGGGAGCGUAUGAUUGGCAUUGCCAGAAGAAUCUUAGAUUCAAUGUUUCUGCAGCUGAACACUCGCUUAACCCAUGAUGUUCUUUGUACACUGAUGGCAGAAGUUACUGCUAUCAUUAAUGCACGACCACUCUUACCCGUCUCUACAGACCCGGAACAGCCUUUCAUACUUUCACCAUCAAUGCUUCUUACCCGGAAGACAGGAGUUCCACCUCCUCCUGGAGACUUCUUAGACAGGGACCUGUACACAAAGCAAUGGAGACAAGUUCAGGCUCUUGCAAACCAGUUCUGGACCCGUUGGAGCCGUGAAUACUUACCUUGCUUGCAACAAAGACAGAAGUGGACAGUACCUCGCAAAAACCUUCAAGUUGGAGAUGUAGUUCUGCUCAGGGACAAGCAGAUAGCCCGCAACUGCUGGCCUAUGGCUAGAAUCACUGCUAUAUUCCCUGGACUGGAUGGUCAUGUAAGAAAAGUUGAGGUAACUACAAGUGACCAAGGCAAUAUAAAAACCUUUCUAAGGCCAAUUGCAGAAGUUGUUCUACUUCUUCCCAAAGACUGAUCUAGAGGUUAAGGUUCAACACUCUAACAAGUUCAUAGUGACCUCACAUAGGUCAGGCGGGGAGUGUGUUGCCCUUUAAGAAAUUUAACUUUUAAAUAUCUGCUUUAUUUUUGUUGAUACAUAUUCUCAGGUAAAAUUAGAAGUUCAUAAUUACUUUUUGGUUUAUCUACCUCAUUUGUAAAAAAUUAUAUUAUUUGUUACAUGAUGAUGUCACUUCCUGUUUGGUCACUUCCUGUCAGUUGUUCCUGGUCUUACUUGAAAACAUGAGACAGUCAUCGUGUGCUCUCACUUUCAAUCCAUUGCAUCCACUUUAAUACUUCAUAGAGGCAAUGCCUUUUCACCGCAACAUGUUUAUGAAAAGAGAGUGACAGUAAAUGAUCAACCUUACUACGACUCUGUCUUCAUUGGCUGUGGUUUAACUUGGUGUUUAGUCAGAGUUUCAACACACUGCACGAGAACACUAUAAAAUUUGUUAUGCUGUAUUUUGCAUGUCUCUGAUUUAAUCUACAGUUACAUCUGUGGAAAUGCUCACCUGUUCACUGUCAGUCUUUUUACCUGAUCUUGUCACUACCAUAGUCAUAGUUUUCAGCUAACUCUGGUUUUUGCCGCUACUAAUUUUGCUUCCUCAUCUGCUUUUUCAUUUCCUUUGUCAAUGAAUCAGUCUCCUUUUGUGUCUGCUGCAUACUUAAUUACAUUUACUUUAGCUGGUUUUUGUAUUGCCUCAAAUAGUUGUGUGAUGUCUGUAAGAUGUUUAAUUGGGUCGCCAUUACUUUGCUUAAACACAUUUUCAUGCCAUAUUCCACCAAAAUAAUGCCUCACAUUUAAAUUCCCUAAAUUACUUUACCCUACUUGCAUAUUCUGGUCUUAACUCUGGUAUGAACUACAACACCCUGUGGCUCCAAAAAUGCCAUUGUCUGCUUCACUGUGUUUUGCUAUGGAUAGUCAAGCAUGGUUCUGUGGUGUUUGUCACAAAUUUUAUUUUUGCCCUUCAGAGAUUACUCUUCCUAGGUAUUGUACACUGGUUUUAGCCAAUAUAAUCUUUUAUAUAGGCCUACUACUUUUAGAUACUACUUAUAUACUACUUUUAGAUACUUUUAACCGCAUAUCAUACAGUCUGCUCAAAACUUGUUCUGUUAAUUUCUCAAACCCCUCUCUGUUGUUGUGUGCUAUCAAACUAUCAUCUACAUAUUGCAAGCAUACUCCCUCUCAUCUCUGGGGAUAACUAGCUUAUCUUUUAUCAAUUUGUUAAACAAAGCAAUUACCUGCUCCUUUGUGCUGCUAUUAGUGUUGGCAACGUUACUUUAAAAAAGUAAUUAGUUAUAGUUACUAGUUACUUCUCAAAAAUAGUAACUGAGUUAGUAACUGCGUUACAUCAUUAUAAAAGUAACUAAUUACCAGGCAAAGUAACUAUUGCGUUACUUAAAAAAAGUUCAAAUAUUUCAAAUAACUUGGAUGCCCCCAAUAUAACAUUUGUUGAAUGAAUUAGACACUAAAGAGAAACCACUAAUUUUGUCCUUUAAGAAGUUUUACUACAGUUAAAACAAAAAAAACAUGGUUACUGCAGUAAAACCAUGGUUACCACAAAAUAACCAUGGUUUUGACAACAAACCAUAAUUCACCAUGGUUACUGUAUUAAAACCAUGGUUUUACUGAUAGCAAUCAAUACGCCAAAAAAAC